UCGUGGUCUGUGGUGUGCCAUCUUCUUCGGCGUUGAGAAUACCCUAGCCAGAACAGAAGAAGUGUGUUCGUUCGUGUUGAUUGAUAUCGCGAAGAGACACAACGAAAAAGAUGAGGGCUUCGUGCGUGCUCGCCGCGGGACUGUGCGGGAUGGCCGCUACGGAGGCAUUCGUGUUUAACCCCGCUGCUGCUUCGGUGGGUUGCCGGUCAACAUCCCGAAGGCAGCAGACGCAGGAGGUUGCGGCGGCUGCCGAUGUCGGGGGUGGUGAGGCGGACGGUAAAGAACGGACUUGGGACAUGCACCGCUGGCCUGACAGGAGUAAGGAGUUCAAGGCCAUGCCAAGCGACGCGCGCAACUGGGAGGUGGAGGGUGAACGCUUGCAGGUUUGGGACGACGAACCCAACCCCGUGGAAGAGCUCACCGGAAAUGAGUGGUACCACACCUUCGCCCCCAGCGAUGUCGAGAUCGAAGCCGCCGAGAUGGGUUUCGACUGGACAGACGAGUGGUUCGAGGUGAACGAGAUGGCGCGCAAGGACCUCAUGACCCCGGAAGAGCUGCAAGAGUUCGAAGCUGCCGAGGCGAAGGAAGGCUAAGGGCUGGAAGCGGCGGCGAAAGCAGCGGCGGGAUAAGAGAGAGAGAGAGAGAGAGACCAGGUGGUUGGGGCGAAACGAAGCGAGGGAAGGCUGAGAACUGGAGGCGGCGGUGGCGGCGAGAGAGUUAUACCGUGUAGUUCGGGCGAAACGAACCCUGAAAGGGCCUGCCUCCUGCUCGAAUGCCGCGAUACCGCCUUCUUGGUCCAACAAUCCCAGUGACACGUUGUUUUGGUCCCGGUUUUGUGCGGACGCCUGUGGAAAAGCUGCACGGGAUCAUAAAGGACAACCUGCCCUCCCCCCUCAAAAAAUAAUUUGGUCUGGAAAACCGGUUUCAGUUCAAGUUGCGCUUCCCCCCCUUUGUCUUCUUUUCUUGCCGCAUGUUUACGGGCGAAGGGACUAGAAAGAAGGCCCUUACGGAAGGCCAUCUACCCACGUAAUUCUAUCCGUUUUUUGUUCCACCUUGUGCCUAUUUCGUAGUAGUCUUGGAACGAGGGCAUGAGCACGGCGUUACCGUCCUCGUACCCAAUAUUAUUGUUUGCGUAUCGAUCCUGGACAACCAUAUUUUGGGUAGGUGCUUUCGGUUGUUUCAGGUUUGUUUUAUUUUCCUUCUAGACGUCGGCGGUGUCGAAUUCAUUCCGAUACCGUAUUCGCGGAGAAUCAAGAGCAGUUUUGGACGUUGCCCUGCUCAUGCAGGGCUGCCUCCAGUCCGACGUCCGCUUUCCUUUGAACGUGCGUGCGUGCGUGCGUGGUUGGUUACGACGCACUAGGCGUUCUCGAAAUCAAAUGGCACAAGACUUGUCUUGCGCGAACAGUUGGCGCGGCUUUUUAGCCGAGGCUUUUGCCGAAGUACCUACUUUUCCCGUAGGUUUCCGGAGAAUCAAGAGCAGUUUUGGAAGAAUAUGGACAUGGUCGAGGCAUGUUCUUGUUCUUGAUUAGGUAUGUGUGUGCUGGCGCUCUUGUGCGGCAAAAUAUGUGCUGCGCUUUUUUUUUCGUGGAGACUUCGCUUGCUGAUGUUGCGGCACGCCGAACGUUCAUUUGUUACCCUUCAUACCAUGUCUCGGCGUGUUUUCGUCCCAAUUGUUUCGUGAGGCAACGCCCUUCGUUCGAAAAGGUGGCGAUGGCAUGGAGUAAAGCAUGGAAGGCUUUAGUUUGUGCCUCUGCUGUAGCGCUGUUGAUGGUGCUACCGCUGCUGCUGAUCGCGAUUCAUUUUACUGCGAGGCAUUGCGCUUGACAUUACAAAUUUCUUUUUGUCUCUACUUUCCGUCCGCAGCGACGUGGACAACCGUAGGUCGCGUGAAAACACCACACACACUGUCUUGACCGAUAUUUUCAAAGCUCGUCUUCUCUUACGACGAAGAGGAUCCCAC